UAUCAACGUUUUAUAUACACACUGCAAGUCUAUAUGUAAUAUAGUAACAGACACGUUCAUAACAAUAUGUAACAUGUACAAUAUUUACCGUAUUUUAAUCAGUAGCCGGGCUUCCUUCUUUGGCGCGUUUAUUUCCGUUUCCAUAGCAGCGAACAUCCGACUUCCGGUAUAUACCGCGUGUUCAUGGCAGACUUAGUAACAAGACAACUAAGACGACUAUAUUUGGACAAAUGAGGGUUCAAAACCUUAUAUUUUUUAAUGUAAAUACACGACAGGAGGACGAAGUGCCGCUUAUGGAGUCGAGCACGAAGAAGAGGCUGAAACGUCGGAGCAGACGGAAGCCCGGAGAGUGAGGUCGGUGCGACUUGGUCACGCUGCAAGUCUGGAACUUUUCAACCAAGAUAUGCCGAAUUAUUGGGAGUUUCCAGAUCAACGGACCACCGUCCAUAAAGUGGAUUAUGAUUGAUUCCUCAUCUAAACAAGAAAAUAGAAACAUCCCAUCAGUCGGCAUCCCAGUGAGAGCAGACGUUGUACAUACUUUGGAGAAAGAUCCCUAAGCGACGUAAGAUACAGCUGAGGAGAAGGCACAAUUGGGACACAAGCUGAUGAAGGAUCGCCGUUGCCGCAAAUAUUCACAGACACAAGGAUAAUGAAGCAGUAGCAGCAGACUCAAUGUUAUGAUCCAACAACCUGAAGACGCAUCCUCAUCUUCAACAGAUGCCUGUGAAUCUACCAAUGCUGCUGGCUGGCCAGACCAUUUGACCCAUGCACGAAGAACUGAGUUACACAGCCGAGGACCUUGAGAGGGACGGCCGGUAUAGAGGAAGAAAAAAACGGAGACAAAAGGGCACAACAACCGUCGGAUCAACAACAAUAAUGGCCGCCAUGAUGACAACCACUACGGCUUGACGCUGGAUUCGGCUGCGUAUCUGGCAACCUCUGUCAGGGGUAGGGGACUACAGAAUUUUGACCAGAUGCAGUCCCAGGGCAGCACUUCCUCCCAGCCUUCCUUCGACUCCCUGAGCUCCAGCGACAGCCUCCUGCUCAGCGACUCCGACGACACCGAUGUCUUCCUGACGGACAGCUGCUCCUCGGCCGUCCUCGAUGGCGCGGGCGGCUCUUCGGCCCGGGCGUCGGAGAGCCCCGGGUCGCAGUGGGCGUGCGACGGCUUCACUGACAAAGACGAGGAAGAGGAGGCGGCGUACGGGACGGGGAACAAGGCGGCGCACAACGCUCGUCCUACGGGUCAGGUUCCCAAAUCCCAGCGUGAUCUCCUGUUUGCUCAGAAGUGUGCUGAGUUGCAAGGUUUUGUCAGACCUCUGCUGCAGCUGCUGAAUGGACUAAAGAAAGGGCGAUUCGACCGUGGUCUAAGUAGUUUCCAGCAGAGUGUCGCCAUGGAUCGAAUCCAGAGAAUCGUGGGUGUUUUACAGAGACCAAACAGCGGAGAGAAGUACCUCAAAACUCUGCUGCAGGUGGAGAUGAUGCUGAAGCUUUGGUUUCCCCAAAUCACAAGUCCGCCCGCGUCGACCGCCUCCAGCAUGGCAUCCUCCCCCGCCCGCUCUCUCCAAGACGCGCCGGUCACCACGCCCGUCACCACGUCCGUCACCACACCAGUCACCACGCCGGUCACCACGCCGCCGCACAAGCACAGGGAUCAGUCGCAUAUCCCAGUGAAGAAACGCAGACUCAGCUGGACGGGGACAGACUCUCCAACGACGUCUCCAGGGAUGCCCAAGUGCCCUCGCCUCAGUCCCGAAGAGAAGACGACGACCAAAAAGCAAGACGGGGGUGAAGAAGACGUCGGCCGCCGCCCUUCCCCCGCUUCGCCAUUACUGUCUUCACCAGACAUGAGUGGCAACGCAAAGAGGAACAAAAGCGACGGCAAGUUCAAAACGUGCCGGGGGUCGGAGCCGAGCCUCACGUGGAUGCACGUUGCUCCCAUCCUGUCCCCGCGCAAGACCUGUCCGUCACAGGAGAGCACGGCGACGGCUCGUAGCGAUGACCAGCCGAUCCCGGCCGGCAGCAGGGGCGGCCCGGCCACGCAGGACAGCGCCAUCUCCUCCACCACGCCCUCCAAGCACACCAAGAGUCUCAAGAAAGUCGCCCGGUGCCAAAGCCAGCCUGCCGAGCCCCUUAGCGAGACACAGACUUGUCAGAGUCGAAGCCCGUCCAGCCACGCCGCGGUCAAGCCUCUGACCCGGGCGUGCCGCCCCGCGCACUCGGACACCUGAGGACACGCAGCUCCGUUUCGGCGCACUUCCUGUGAGCGAAGACGGGGUGAGACCAGAGGCGCCGAAGAAAGAGUGGAUAAUCACAAUUCUGUAAAAAAAAACAAAAAACGCAGCAAGCAAACUCUUGUAGCUCAAUUGUCGAAGCAAUCAGCACACACCACUUCCUGUCUGGAGAGGAAGUAACUGAGCAUGAUGACGAUGGAGCAAGACGGGACAAAAAAGAAGUGAACGUUCGUGUACAGUAGGUGUCAGGUGGGAAGAAAAAAUGAUGUCAUCAACUGACGAAUGUAAUCCAAGAAGAGUUGGGGUGGCGGUGAGGAAUCCUAAAGACCCCCGCAGUUAAUUUAUUCCUACGUCGAUCCGACACUGCAUUUAUUUAUUCUUUGUAUUUAUUUAUCAGGCAGCUGAGUAUCGCCCGCUGUGCGCAAAACACAAACAGCGAGGCCAUCAACCUCUUUUUUUUUUUUUUUUUUUUUUUUUGAAUGAUUCAUAUUAUUAUCCACAUUGUUGACAAGUUUUAUUCCUAUCAUUCUUGGGACAAAAAAUGUAGAGGAAAUGUCUUCACUGAACUGUUGGACUACUGUGCCUUUUUACCAAAUAGGAUGUGUUGUUUUUUGGGUUUUUUUAAGAAACAAUUGGUGCUUUCAGUGCAUUCUUGCUGCAUUCUGAUUGUUUGCUCGCAUUGGACAUUUGUACCUAGCAUCGCGUUAGCAUCAUUCUGCUAGCCUUUUUUUUUUUGUUUCUUUUUUUUUUAAAUUUCUCCUCUCGGUUUCCGACCCGAAUCCAGGGACGGCGACGAGGAGCUGCACUCAAGGCUGGUGCGCUGAGAAAACUUGAAACGCCAACAAUUCGGGUGAGGGGAAAUGUUGACUUGCACCACCACCCUCUCGCUGCUGCUAUUCUGCAUUCGUAACGCCGGCCUAAAUGAUAGGAGGUUCAUUUUUGACGUUUGAAAGUGUAGUGCGGGCAACAAGACGGCAAAUAACGACAACUUGAUGCAAAACGUGUUGUAAAUAAUUUUUGACAAAACUCUUUUUCAAUCGGUAUGAGGUAAAAAGCCUCCAUGCGACCACUUUUUUCAUGUAUUUUUUUCUUCAAUAAUUUUUUAUUAUAUUAUGUCGAUUUUAAAAAGUGUUAUUUUAUUUUACUCUUAUUUAAUUUUAGUUAAGCCUUUCAUGACUCCGGAGUCAAACCCGUGUCCAAACAAGGCGAUUGGAUGCAGAAUAUGCUGACUCGUCAAUAGUGUGUGUGUGUGUGUGUGUGAAUGUGUGUGUGAGGGUGGGAGUGUGGUGGGGUCCGCUUCCACCACGCCCAUGUUUUUUUACGGCCAAGGUGUGACCGAUUGCACAUACUUUUUGUUGUUUUCCAUGUACGUUUUCUACUUUAUGGACUGUGGUUGGAAGGAUUUGGGAAUUUUGCUGUAGCCUUCCUCUUCUUCUACCGUUCAACUGCACCCCUCCCCCACCACUUUGACCCUCCCCCUUUCAGCUCCUUCAAUCUUCUUAGUUUUCUUACACUAAACUCUUCACUUGUUACUCUUCUGGCUACUUUUUUCAGUAACCAUAGAAACGAAGAAAGGUUUUUUUAAAAAGAAAUAAACAAGUUUUUUCAAAGAUGAA